AUGUAUGAUGAAAAGACAUUAGAUCUUUCCAUAAAAAGAGAAAUGAUGGACCUGCCUUUAAAAAGAUCAAUGUUAUCAUCACCAUUAUUAUUAUCUUUAUCAUCUGUAUGUGCACUUUUGGGAUUAUCAUUUUUGGUAAUUUCUAUUCUUAGUGAUGAUUGGACAGAACAUAAAGUUAGCAGAAGUAUUAUUAUUGCUGCAAUGAAUAGACAACCAGAUUUAUCUGAAAAUUUAAAAGAUGCCGUAUCACAUAAUUCUCUUUAUUAUUCUCGUUCAAAUGGUCUUUUUCAUAUUUGUUUUCCUGAUGAUGUACCAUCCGGUAUAGGAUCAUAUUCUAAAUUUGGUUCUAUCUGUAUAACAAAUAAUGACUAUUUUCCAGAUACAAUUGUUAGAGAAUCUUUUAAUGAUAAACAAGUAGAAAGAUUAUACUUUAUGAGAACAACUAUUAUUUUAUAUGCUAUAGGACUUAUUUUUAUUACUUUUUGUUUUAUAAUUGGAUUUUUUGGAUGUUGGAAACGAUCAACAAAAUAUAUUAUGAUAACAGCAAUUAUGAUGAUACUUUCGGUUCUUUUUCUUUCAGCAGCCAUGAUUUCAUGGCAUUAUGUAUUAUAUCUUGAAAGAAAUGUUCUUGAUGUUCAACCAUUUUAUAAAGCAUGGGAACCAAUUCUUAAACAAGCAACUAAAUUUUCUAUUGGAUGGUCAUAUCUUGUAUCAUGGAUUGGUAUUGGAUUUGUACUUUUUGCUGGAAUAUUUAUGCUAUGCUCACAUAAAGCUAUGAAAAAUGAAGAUGAAAAAGCUUUUGAAAGUAAACAUAAUGCUUAUAUGAUGGCAAAUUAUUAUGACAAGGCUGCAAUGGUUCCUUAUGGUUAUGGAACUUAUAGUGGUUAUGGAGGUGCUGGUGCAUUUCCUGCAGCAUACUAUAAUACAUAUGUUCCUCAAAUACCUCCACCAAUAAAUAAUCAUUAUGGAUAUAUGACUUAUGGUCAUUAA